GCCAACACGAAUUUCCAUUAAAAGAGUUAAGAGGACAAGUGGACAACAUAAAAUCGCACUUUAAAACUUGAUUUCUCUUAAAUGCUAGCUGUACAUAUUUUAUGUAUCGGGAGCUCAAUCCUUGACCUCUUGUGUAUUCAUUAUUUGUUCCAAAUCAAGCUAAGCCUAAGACCCGCAAUUUGCGGUAAUAUUGCUCCACGUCCCCAACUGCUUUUGUCUCUGUAAGGGGAAAAAAAAAAAAAAAAAAGAAGAUUCAAUCGUUGGAUUGAUUGAAUAUUCAAGCUUUUCGUCUUCGUCUUCGUCUUCGUCUUCUCAUCUGGAUAUUAACGGUUAGUUGACCGUUUAAGCUGUUUUUGUUGCUCUGAUGGUUCUGAUGUUGUUGGAUCAAGCUUAUGGGGUCAAGUACUCAUCUGGGUAUGUAGGCUUUGGGUAAUGCAGAUGGAGGACAAUGCAAAUGACAUAAUUUAAGAGAUAAUAAGAACAAAUCCCAAUUUUGUGGAUAGAGAAAAGCAUACAAGUUCUGACAUUUUACAUAACAAAUUAUGGCUCCUGGAGGCAUAGUCUACAAUGAAGUGAUUGAGUCUCCCGUUUUAUUUUCAGACUAUGGUAUGACGUCAAAUGCAGAACAAAGAGGCUCUCCCUUAAGCAAGCCUUCCAAUCCAUCCAAUGGAAAUCUCGGAAUGUCAUCAAAUAAUGAUGUUCAUGAGCUACUUGACUGUCCUGUUUGCAUGAGUUUAAUGUACCCUCCAAUUUUUCAGUGUUCCAAUGGCCACACUUUGUGUUCGAAGUGCAAGGCUAGAGUACGCAACUCUUGUCCAACUUGCCGCCAAGAGCUUGGAAACAUAAGGUGUUUGGCUCUUGAAAAGGUUGCAGCAUCUUUGGAACUCCCGUGCCGAUACCAAAAUUUGGGUUGCCAGGAUAUCUUCCCAUACUACUGCAAGCUCAGACAUGAAAAGAUCUGUAAAUAUCGUCCAUACAGCUGCCCCUAUGCUGGAGCUGAGUGUUCUGUUACUGGUGACAUCUCAUUCCUCAUAAUGCAUCUCAAGGAGGAUCACAAGGUUGACUUGCACGAUGGAUCUACUUUCAAUCACCGAUAUGUCAAAUGCAAUCCACAUGAAAUUGAAAAUGCUACGUGGAUGUUGACAGUAUUUAAUUGUUUUGGCCGACAAUUUUGCUUGCACUUUGAGGCUUUUCACAUAGGAAAUGCACCGGUUUACAUGGCCUUUCUGCGAUUCAUGGGCGAUGAAGAUGAAGCUAGGCAAUUUACUUACAGUCUGGAAGUUGGUGGAAAUGGCAGGAAGCUUACAUGGCAAGGAAUUCCUAGAAGCAUUCGCGAUAGCCAUAAGAAAGUCCGAGAUAGUCAGGAUGGAUUGAUCAUUCAACGGAACUUGGCACUCUUCUUUUCAGGCAAUGAUCGACAGGAGCUGAAGCUGAAAGUGGCUGGAAGAAUCUGGAAAGAACAGUGAGAUGUAGAUAGAACAAUGGUUUUGUAGGACACUUUAGUUGAAAAAUAAAGAGCCAGAAAGUCUUGUUGUAAAUGAGUAGCCUUAAAUGUUUUGGAUUCUUAUAUGCAUGUGCUCAUGCGGUCGGCUUUAACUUAAUUUAUCAUGUUGUCGUUGUUGGUGAAAAAUUUGUGAGCACACUGGGCCGACAACCCGAGUUUAGACUCAUAUUAAAUAUCCAAAUGAUAUAUUUGUAGGGUGUUGUUCUUUGUUAAAAAA